UUGUACCAAACGUGCGGUCAUGGCGGCAUUUACUAGCGGUGUGUUUGAUGUAGAGUUAAGUUCUGCAUUAAAAACAGCGAAGGUUUUAGUUGUUGGGGCUGGUGGAAUAGGCUCAGAAAUCCUUAAAAACAUUGUUCUUACAGGAUUCAAGGAUAUCGAAAUCGUUGAUUUAGAUACCAUUGAUGUUAGUAACCUCAACCGACAAUUUCUGUUCCACAAACGCCAUGUUGGAGAAUCUAAAGCUAAGGUGGCUCGUGAAAGUGCACUCAGAUUUAAUCCAGAUGUCAAUAUUAAGGCUCACCAUGCCAACAUAACAAGCUCUGAAUAUGGAAUACAGUUCUUCAAAAAAUUCAGUUUAGUGAUGAAUGCCCUGGACAACCGUGCAGCUCGCAAUCACGUCAACCGUAUGUGUCUUGCAGCAGAUGUACCACUUAUUGAAAGUGGUACAGCUGGGUACGAUGGUCAGGUUGAACUUAUACUGAAAAACCGCACUCAGUGUUAUGAAUGUCUCCCAAAAGCUGCUCAAAAGACAUAUCCUGGGUGCACAAUUCGCAACACACCAUCAGAACCAAUCCAUUGCAUUGUUUGGGCCAAACAUCUUUUCAAUCAGUUGUUUGGAGAAGAUGAUCCCGAUGAAGAUGUAUCGCCGGACACAGAAGAUCCUGAAGCUGCAGGUGAAGCUGGAGAAGGUGCUCUGAAUGCUACCAAGACAGAUGGUGCAAAUAUAGACCGUGUUUCAACACGAUCUUGGGCUGUUUCCUGUAAUUAUGAUCCUAAGAAACUGAUGAAUAAGCUUUUCUGUGAAGAUAUUCGUUACCUUCUUAGUAUGAAGCAUCUAUGGGAAAAGAGAACACCGCCAACUCCUAUAACAUCAGAAUCAGACCUUGAUGAAGGUAGUAGUUCCAGUCUCUCAGCUGAUGGUGACAGAUCAAAAGAUUUGUGGAGCUUAAAGGAAUGUGUCAGUGUGUUUACUAAUUCCUGUAUGAAUCUGAACAAUAAAUUAAAGUCUUUGGGUGAGGGUAGUCAGUUAAUAUGGGAUAAAGAUGACAAAGAUGCUAUGGACUUCGUUGCUGCAUGUGCUAAUAUCAGAGCACAUAUAUUCAAAAUUCCUCGGAAAUCUCGAUUUGAGAUAAAGUCAAUGGCAGGCAAUAUUAUUCCUGCGAUCGCAACAACAAAUGCUAUUAUUGCUGGUAUUGUGGUCCUUCAUGCAAUAAAUAUUCUUCAAAAACAGGUGGAACGCUGUCAGUCUGUAUACCUUCGUUUGAAGCCCAAUCAUCGCAAUCAAUUGAUUGUACCAGAAAAGCAUAUGAUUCCACCAAAUCCAAAGUGUUAUGUCUGUUCGCCAAAACCAGAGGUCACUGUAUUUCUAAAUGUGAACAAAGUUACUGUGAAAGAAUUGGAAGAACAUAUCCUUAAAAAGAGACUGAAUAUGGUUGCCCCAGAUGUCAUGUUGGAUUUGAAGGGUACUGUCAUAAUAUCGAGUGAGGAUGGAGAGACAGCUGAAAACAACAACAAAACACUGAGUGAAAUUGGAAUUACUGAUGGAACAGUGCUGAAAGCUGAUGAUUUCCUUCAGAAUUACGAGCUUUCUAUUACCAUUAUGCAUAAAGUACCAGGCAGGGAUGACCCAGAAUUUGAGGUUGUUGCUGACAAAGACUCUCUUAAGCCAAAGGAAGAAGACCGAACGAGUGUUAAUGGCACCACGGACAAUGAUGAUGACGACAUUGAAGUUGUUGAUGCUGAUGGUGUUAAUGAAAUAACCAAAACUGACCGAGAAGGAAAGAAAAGGAAGUCAACCAGUGAUGAAGAAAACAGUAUUUCAAAGAAACCUAAACUUCAAGACAGUGAUAUUGAAAUUGUUGAGGUCUGAUUAUGGGACACCUGAAUUGUGAUAUAUAUUAUACUGCCACCAGUUGUCAGUUGUUGGCAAACUACAUUAUUACUAUUAAGACUCAGGUACUGUUUUAACCUUGAAUGUAAGGAUAUUCCUGAAUUGAUGUGUGAGUGAUAAGGAUUUCAGUGUCAUAAUGUGUAAUAAUGCUGAAUACGUGUCUCUUAGUAUUACUUGUGAAACAUUGUAUGCAACAGUACAUGACGAUGAUUAUUACAUAAGUAGAAACAGAUGAAAUAUUUCAUUAACACAGUAGCACCAAUCCUGUUUGAAUCUCCUAACACAAUCUAUUGAUAACUGAAUUAUGGAAAAAAAUGUGUAUAAGGUACUGUGUACUUUCCAGUUUAUACAGAAUG